GUCGGCGGUUCGUAACAGCGCACGUUACUUUUUAAACGGGCGAGCGGAUUAACGUCGGCGUAUCGAUAGAUCUAUCAACCUCAAAUAAAUCCAAUUCCCAAUCGAAGUGGAGAGCGUGUUGCCACUCGCCAAUCGAAGUGAUACAUUUGGUUGACAUAGUAAAUGUUUUUAAUGACUGCCGGUUGCCCUGAAAUGCCGUCGGCUUUUGGUUCCGGUCGCUGUGAACUUUUAAGCUGAAGACCUAAGCUCCCAAAAACUGAUGUCCACCUUGGCCAGCAGCCGACCGCCCCCGCUGAAGCUGAUCAUUCCCUCCUUGCAGGAGGCAGAGGACCACGAGGAGGAGGAGAGGAGAGAGAGAGGAGCGGGAGGAGCAGGAGGUGGCCAGGAAGUGGGUGCCAUGCAUCCGGAUUGCCUGCCCUUGCCGCUGGCUCAGCCGGGCAAUUCGCCGCAGGUGCGGGACGAGGAGGAGGAGAUGGUGCACACCGAAUGCGAAGAGCAGCUGAACAUCGAGGAUGAGGAGGAGGCGGAGGAGGAGCCCGAUCUGGACCUGGAGGAUCAGGCCAGCUGCUGCAGUGAGACCAGUGUGCUGAGCGUGGGUCAGGAGCAAUCGCAGGCUGCCCAGGCCGCUUUAUCCGCCCAGGCUCAGGCCAGGCAGAGGCUUUUGAUAAGUCAGAUCUACCGACCGUCGGCUUUUAGCAGCACCACUACCGUUCUGCCACCCAGCGAAGGUCCACCUUUGUCCCCCGAGGAGCUUCUGCAGCAGUUGCCCCCCUCCGCAGGCAGCUCCUUCCAGGAGGAGUUCCUGCGCAAGUCACAGCUAUACGCCGAGGAGCUAAUGAAGCAGCAGAUGCAUCUAAUGGCCGCCGCCCGGGUCAACGCACUCACGGCAGCGGCGGCGGGAAAACAACUCCAAAUGGCCAUGGCGGCAGCGGCAGCGGCCACAGUGCCCAGCGGUCAGGAUGCACUGGCUCAGCUGACGGCCACCGCGCUGGGAUUGGGUCCCGGUGGAGCUGUCCAUCCGCAUCAGCAACUGCUGCUGCAAAGGGAUCAAGUCCAUCACCAUCAUCACAUGCAGAAUCACCUCAACAACAACGAGAAUCUUCACGAGCGUGCCCUAAAAUUCAGCAUAGACAACAUCCUCAAGGCGGACUUUGGCUCCAGGCUGCCCAAGAUGGGUGCUUUGAGUGGCAAUCUGGGAGGCGGCAGUGCCAGUGGCGGCAUUACUGGGGGCAGUAAAAAUUCCGGUACCGCCAAUGGCAGCAGAACUCCUCUGAAGUUGCCCAAGAAAUCGGGAAAGCCCUUGAAUCUGGCCCAAACCAAUGCCGCGGCCAAUUCCAGUCUGAGCUUCUCCAGCUCGCUGGCCAACAUUUGCAGCAACAGCAACGAUUCCAAUAGCACCGCCACCAGCAGCAGCACCACCAAUACGAGUGUGGCCCCAGUGGAUCUGGUCAAGUCGCCACCACCGGCGGGCGGAACGGGAGGAGCGGGAAGCAAGUCCGGCGAGGAUUCGGGCACGCCCAUCGUUUGGCCGGCGUGGGUCUACUGCACCCGCUACAGCGAUCGCCCCAGCUCAGGUCGAAGUCCACGAGCGCGAAAGCCCAAGAAGCCGGCCACGUCCAGCUCGGCGGCAGGUGGCGGCGGAGGGGGCGGGGGCGUCGAGAAGGGGGAGGCCGCCGAUGGGGGCGGGGUGCCCGAGGACAAAAGGCCGCGAACGGCCUUCAGCGGUACGCAGCUGGCCAGACUGAAGCACGAGUUCAACGAGAAUCGGUAUCUCACGGAGAAGCGCCGCCAGCAGCUGAGCGGAGAAUUGGGCCUGAACGAGGCCCAGAUCAAGAUCUGGUUCCAGAACAAGCGGGCCAAGCUGAAAAAGUCGAGCGGCACCAAGAAUCCCCUGGCGCUGCAGCUGAUGGCCCAGGGAUUAUAUAACCACUCGACGAUACCGCUGACCCGCGAGGAGGAGGAGCUCCAGGAGCUGCAGGAAGCGGCCAGCGCCGCGGCCUCAAAGGAGCCCUGCUAGAAAUCUUCUAGGGGGUCUCCAGCAAUAUCUACGAUCUAGUAUUUAUGGAGUAGCGUGUAAGGCUAGCUUUUAGAAGUUCUUAGCGAUUAAGUUGUACAAUAUUCUAGUCCACCGCACACGCAAUCGCAAACAGAAUCAUCCGAAGAAAUCGCCCGAAGAAUUCCCCCCCCCCCCCAAGAAGAAAUCCCCCGGAGAAACGUAUCGGUUGCGUGUGCGUUUUGUAUAAUAGAUUCAUAAAUUCACAACUAAAUAAUUUAAUAAACAUUUAAAUUAUA